AUGGCGGCCGCUUCGAAUGGGAGUGAGUAUUUCGAAUUGGAUAUGAUGGAGACCGGUAGGGAAUCGUUCGCGCGGCCGUCGAACGCCGAGACAGUCGAGCAGGACGAGGAGGAUCUCCGGUGGGCGGCGAUCGGGCGGUUACCGUCGCAGAGACAAGGGAGUGAUUUAGCGAUUCUGCGUCGGUCGCAAACGCAGACGCAGACUUCCGGUUACGCCGACGGGAACGUUGUUCAGACGAUCGACGUGAGGAAAUUGGAUCGUUCGGAUCGCGAGAUGGUUGUUCGUCAAGCUCUUGCCACUAGCGAUCAGGAUAACUAUAAGCUCCUCUCCGCCAUUAAGGAACGGCUCGAUAGAGUUGGAAUGGAAGUUCCGAAAAUCGAAGUCCGGUUCGAGAAUUUGAAUAUUGAAGCUGAUGUUCAAGCUGGUACAAGAGCCUUACCGACUUUGGUUAACGUAUCUCGUGAUUUCAUUGAGCGUCUCUUAAGCAGCUUGAGGAUAAUGAAGACAAGAAAGCACAAGCUAACGAUUUUGAAAGAUAUUAGUGGGAUUAUCAAACCAGGAAGAAUGACAUUGCUAUUAGGACCACCAGGUUCCGGAAAAUCGACGUUACUUCUUGCUCUUGCAGGAAAGCUUGAUAAAAGUUUAAAGAAAACGGGGAACAUCACUUACAAUGGAGAGAAUCUUGAUGAGUUCCAUGUCAAAAGGACUUCAGCAUAUAUUAGUCAAACAGAUAAUCACAUUGCAGAACUCACUGUUCGUGAGACUCUUGAUUUUGCUGCGAGGUGUCAAGGCGCAAGUGAAGGAUUCGCAGGUUACAUGAAAGAUUUGACUCGUUUAGAGAAAGAGAGAGGUGUACGUCCGUCUUCUGAGAUUGAUGCUUUUAUGAAGGCUGCUUCUGUCAGUGGUGAAAAGCAUAGUGUUUCCACAGACUAUGUGCUUAGAGUGCUUGGUCUUGAUGUAUGUUCUGAUACAAUGGUUGGUAACGAUAUGAUGAGAGGUGUCUCUGGAGGUCAAAGAAAAAGAGUAACUACAGGAGAGAUGACUGUGGGGCCCAGAAAAACGCUGUUCAUGGACGAAAUAUCAACUGGUCUUGAUAGCUCAACAACUUUCCAGAUCGUCAAAUGCGUCAGAAACUUUGUCCAUCUAAUGGAUGGAACUGUUCUCAUGGCACUUCUUCAGCCUGCACCAGAAACAUUCGAUCUCUUUGAUGAUUUGAUUCUUCUAUCAGAAGGUUACAUGGUGUAUCAAGGUCCUCGGCAAGACGUUGUGAGCUUCUUUGAGUCUAUAGGGUUCCGUCUCCCACCACGUAAAGGUGUUGCAGAUUUUCUCCAAGAGGUGACUUCUAAAAAGGAUCAAGCGCAGUAUUGGGCAGAUUCUUCGAAGCCGUAUCAGUUUAUUCCUGUCUCGGACAUAGCGGCUGCUUUCCGUAACUCGAAUUAUGGACAUGCUGCUGAUGCCAAGCUUGCAACACCAUUCGACAAGUCAUCUGCUGAUCCUUCAGCUCUAUGCAGAACCAAGUUCGCCAUAUCAGGAUGGGAAAACCUUAAAGUUUGCUUUGAGAGAGAGAUACUAUUGAUCAACCGGCACAGGUUUCUUUACACCUUUAGAACAUGCCAGGUUGCAUUUGUGGGGUUUGUGACAGCGACAGUGUUCUUGAGAACUAGAUUACACCCAACAAGCGAAUCAUAUGGCAGCGAGUAUUUAUCUUGUCUUUUCUUCGGCUUAGUGCACAUGAUGUUCAAUGGUUUCUCUGAGCUGCCUCUCAUGAUAUCUCGUCUUCCGGUUUUCUACAAGCAAAGAGAUAACUCGUUUCAUCCCGCUUGGUCAUGGUCUAUCGCUAGCUGGAUCUUGCGUGUGCCUUACUCUAUUCUUGAAGCUGUUGUUUGGACUUGUGUUGUAUACUACAGUGUGGGACUUGCUCCUUCACCAGGCAGAUUUUUCCGGUACAUGUUACUUCUCUUCUCGGUGCAUCAAAUGGCUCUCGGUUUAUUCCGUAUGAUGGCUUCUCUAGCAAGGGAUAUGGUCAUUGCCAAUACGUUCGGAUCUGCAGCAAUCUUAGUAGUGUUCUUGCUCGGUGGAUUCGUUAUUCCAAAAGAUGAUAUUAAACCUUGGUGGACUUGGGGUUUUUGGAUUUCACCGUUAUCUUAUGGGCAACGUGCCAUUGCUGUCAAUGAAUUCACAGCCACGAGGUGGAUGCUGCCAUCUGCUAUAUCGGAUACAUCAAUUGGAUUCAACUUUCUAAAGCUGCGUAGCUUUCCAACAAAUGACAAUUGGUAUUGGAUCGGAGUUGCGGUUCUCAUUGGUUAUGCAGUUCUCUUCAACAACGUAGUCACUGUUGCCUUGGCUUAUCUUAACCCUUUAAGAAAAGCUAGAGCAAUUGUUUUAGACGAUCCAAAUGAAGAAAACCAAACUGCUUCAGUAUCAGAUACAAAACAAGUGAAAAGUGAGAAAAAGGGAAUGAUUCUUCCAUUCAAACCAUUGACAAUGACUUUCCACAAUGUCAACUACUAUGUUGAUAUGCCAAAGGAAAUGCGUUCUCAAGGUGUACCAGAGACAAGACUACAGCUCUUAUCAGACGUGAGUGGAGUCUUCUCUCCUGGUGUUUUAACAGCUUUAGUUGGAUCGAGCGGUGCGGGCAAAACCACAUUGAUGGAUGUUCUUGCGGGUCGGAAGACAGGUGGAUAUACAGAGGGAGAUAUUAGAAUCUCUGGUUACCCAAAAGAACAACAAACGUUCGCUAGAAUCUCUGGAUAUGUUGAGCAGAACGAUAUACAUUCUCCUCAAGUCACUGUUGAAGAGUCCCUAUGGUUCUCUGCUAGCCUUCGUCUUCCUAAAGAUAUCAGCAAAGAACAGAAAAAAGAAUUUGUGGAAGAAGUAAUGAGACUUGUGGAGCUUGAUAGUCUGAGAUAUGCGUUAGUUGGUUUACCCGGUACGACCGGACUUUCCACAGAGCAGAGGAAACGUCUAACGAUUGCGGUUGAGUUGGUUGCAAAUCCAUCAAUAAUAUUCAUGGACGAACCAACAUCUGGACUUGAUGCAAGAGCAGCUGCAAUUGUGAUGAGAACUGUUAGGAACACUGUUGACACGGGACGAACAGUGGUUUGCACCAUUCAUCAACCCAGCAUCGACAUUUUCGAGGCCUUUGACGAGUUGCUUCUAAUGAAACGAGGAGGACAGGUUAUAUAUGGUGGUAAAUUGGGUGAACACUCAAAGGUUAUGGUAGACUACUUUCAGGGGAUUAAUGGAGUCCCUGCAAUCUCGAUCGGUUACAAUCCAGCAACUUGGAUGCUUGAAGUAACUACGCCUGCUUUGGAGGAGAAAUUUAAUAUGGACUUUGCAGAUUUAUACAAGAAAUCUGAACAGUUUAGAGAAGUGGAAGCAAACAUCAAGCAACUCAGUGUUCCACCAGAAGGCUCAGAAGCAAUAAAGUUCUCUUCAAUAUACUCACAAAACCAACUGUCUCAAUUCUUACUCUGCCUCUGGAAACAGAACCUUGUCUACUGGAGAAGUCCAGAGUACAACCUCGUGAGAUUGCUCUUCACAACGGUCGCUGCGAUCAUCCUCGGCACAGUUUUCUGGGACAUUGGUUCCAAGAGGACUUCCAUGCAAGAUUUGGUCACCGUAAUGGGAGCUCUCUACUCGGCUUGCUUGUUUCUUGGAGUUAGUAACGCUUCAUCUGUACAACCAAUCGUUUCGAUCGAAAGAACAGUUUUCUACAGAGAGAAAGCCGCGGGAAUGUAUGCUCCAAUUCCAUAUGCAGCAGCUCAGGGCCUUGUGGAGAUACCUUACAUUCUCACCCAAACCAUUCUCUAUGGUGUCAUCACUUACUUCACCAUUGGUUUUGAAAGAACAUUCAGUAAGUUUAUACUCUACUUGGUGUUCAUGUUCCUCACUUUCACCUACUUCACCUUCUACGGCAUGAUGGCGGUUGGUCUCACCCCAAAUCAGCACUUAGCCGCUGUUAUGUCCUCUGCGUUUUACUCUCUCUGGAAUCUUCUCUCUGGUUUCCUCGUUCAAAAACCUUUGAUUCCAGUGUGGUGGAUAUGGUUCUAUUACAUUUGUCCAGUGGCGUGGACACUACAAGGAGUAAUCCUCUCACAGCUUGGUGACGUGGAGACCAUGAUCAACGAGCCAUUGUUCCAUGGCACGGUCAAAGAAUUCAUUGAACAGUACUUCGGCUACAAGCCAGACAUGAUCGGUGUAUCUGCUGCUGUUCUUGUUGGAUUUUGUGCUCUCUUCUUCUCUGGGUUUGCACUUUCAGUCAAAUUCCUCAAUUUCCAGAGAAGAUAG